UUUUUGUGCACAGAAUUUUUUUUUUUCCUCUUUCUCUUUCACACUCUCUUUUAUGCUUUCACCAAUAAAUCUCAAAUGUCAUCCGACGAAUUAAAUACAGAAAAACCAUUACCUCAUAUGAAUGACGAAAGCAAUGACAUUAUACCAACAACAGCUAACAACACAACAAAACAAAAUAUACCAGUAGCUUUGAAGGAAUUGGACCUUUUACUUAAUGGAUCACCAUCAUCGUCUCAUUCACCCAAAGUCGCGUUGAAUCAAGAAAAGACCAUGCAAGAGGAUGAUAUACAAGCCUAUUUUGACGAUGAUUUAUUCGAGGAUAUAUUUUUUGACAAAAUGGAUGAUCGAAUAUCAACCUUACAAGAAGAUGACUUUGUCAGGGAGAUUUUGGAAAAAGGAAUGGAUUUGCGGGAAUACGCUCAAGAAAUAGAACAAGAAAAGGAACUAAUGCAAAGAAGUCUAGAGAACGAUUAUCUACAGAAUAUUGAAUCCUUUGUUGACUUACAUUCGGAAAUCAGGUCAUGCGAUCAAGUGCUGGGGACUAUGGAGGAACUGUUGAAUGUAUUCCAAAGUGAUCUAGGAAAUAUUAGUGGUGAAAUCCAAAAUUUACAGGAAAGAUCAUCCAAGAUGAACAUACGACUACGAAACAGAAAGGCAGUGGAAGCUAGACUAGGCAAAGUACUGCAAGGUAUGGUGAUUCCUCCUUAUGUUAUCAAAAAAAUAACGGAAAGCGAAGUGGAUGAAGUCUGGUUACAAUAUCUACUUGGAAUCAACAAACAAAUGCGAUUUGUUAAGACUAAUCAAAACAAACCGAUCAAAGCAUUACGGAACGUUGGACCUGAAUUGGAAAAACUACGACUUAAAGCAGCAUCCACUAUCCGUGAUUUUUUUAUCUCUCGUAUUCAGUCUCUUUGUGUACCCAAUACGAAUAUUCAAAUCAUGCAACAAUCGGUGUUUUUAAAAUAUAAGGAUCUUCACAUGUUUGUCCUAGAACGUCAUCAAGAUGCAGCAGCCGAAAUCCGACAAACUUAUAUUAAUUCUCUUCGAUGGUAUUUUCAAAAUCAUUUUGAUCGAUAUGCCAAAGGUUUAUCCAAAUUACAGACUGUCACUGCAGAUAAAUCAGAUCUGAUUGGUGUAGAGGAACAUAUGCGAAAAACCGGAGGACUUUUUAGUAGCAAUAAGAUGGCUCUCAAAGACAAAUCGAAUCUCUUUGCUUUAGGAGAUAGAAUGGAUACACUUCAUUUACAGAACCUUGGUGUGAUCUUGGUGCAUGUGGCUGAAGAUAAGGAUAUACGAUACCAAUUUGAACAAUUAUUCCGUAGUUUAAACCUCACCAUGAUUGAUAAUGCCAGUUCAGAAUAUCUAUUUAUAUAUGAAUUCUUUUCCAAAGAUGUUACUACCGCUGCUGAUAUUGCCAAGUCCGUCUUUCAACAAAUCUUUGAACCGACUGAAAAGAUAGGAUUGAGCUUUACGAAGAAUUAUGUGGAAUCUUCCUUCGAUACUGUUGGUAUUCUUUUAUGUAUUCGUAUCAAUACUCAAUUGGCUUUAGAACUUCAACGACGACAAGUGCCUGCUUUAGAAGGCUAUACCAACUCAACCAACAUGUUAUUAUGGCCAAGAUUCCAGUAUUUGAUGACAUUACAUAUCGAUAGUCUCCGGAAAUUAGCAAAUAAUAAAUCAGUACUUGGUAGCAUCAAAGAUAUUCAUCCGCACUACGUUACCCGUCGUUAUGCUGAAUUUGCAGCUUCCUUAUUGGUCCUGAAUGAUGGUUAUGAUGAUGCUAUUUUGGCAAAUAGUGUCCAGAAACUCCGGAAUGAAUUUGAAGGAUUAUUAUCUCGCAUGUCCAAUGAAUUCUCGGAUAAUCUUCGACGAACAGCAUUUUUGAUAAACAAUUAUGACUUGAUUGUGUCUGUUUUUCAAGAGGCACACAAUCGAACGGUGGAGAUUGAGUUGGAACAUAUGAAGCAAAUACUUGCAUUACAUGUCAGUGGAUUUGUGGAUGAACAAUUGAAAGCUUAUUUUGGUACCAUGAUGGAUUAUGUGAAGAGAUAUGAAAAUAAAUCACAAUCACUGGAUCAAGAUGAAUUAGGUUCGAUCUGUUCUAGUUUUGCAACAAGUUGGCGAACCUCUAUCUCAUCUAUCAAUGGAUCAGUGGUUCGAUAUUUUUCCAAUUUCAAGAAUGGUACUACGGUAUUACAUGCUGUCUUGGGCGAAUUGAUUGUGUAUUAUACUCGGUUUUUAGACAUUUUAGAAAGUCAACAGUUAGUCAACAAACUUCAACCGGUGGAUGUACAAACUGUGAUGAUGGAAAUCAAAAAGUUUAGAAGUACAUUUUGAAUUGAAUAAAGAAAUAAAUAUUUUUUUUUUAUUGAAGAAACUAUGGAAUAGAUGAUCAUACGUAGAUGAUGAUAUUAUGAUGACAAUUUGAUAGAGAAUAGCUUUUUUUUUUUUAAUAUAUGGGAUUACUAUGAACAAAAAAAAAAAAAAUUAUAAGAAUCUAUACUACAAACUAUUUACAAAUGAAGUUUCAAAGUUGACUCAUUUUAUCCAAAGAAUCCAUUUUCAACAAGAUGGCCUCGCCAUUGCCUUCAAGAGCCAGAUAUGCAUUGACUGCGAUUGCU